UCCAUAAUUCAUUGUGUUUUCGACAUUUUUGAAUAUAAAAACUAAGAAAUCUUUUUGUUUUCAAUUUUCACAUUAAUUCCUCAUUAUCUACAAGCCGCAUGGAAAAUUUACGUAAGAUAAGAACUCUUACUCACAUGAUUUUAAAUUUCGUGCAUGAACAAAUCAUCAAAUCUUUUGUUAUUAUAUCUCAUUUUUUCGAUAAAAUCAAUAGACACACAAAAAUGCACAUAAUAACAAAGAAAUCUGUUCUAUUUGCUAAGCUUUGUGUGCGGAAACCAAUGGUUAACGGUUCAAAAAUGACGUAAAGUCCCUCAACUAUGGCGACCCCCCAAAGGCCCUAAUCCACCACCUGAUAUUGUUAAUCCACCUUGCUGGGGGCUCCGGUAUUAAAAUCGGGGAGGGCUGGAGGGGGGUAUAGAAAAUUGUAUGCGAUUUGACAUAACAAUACUCAAUGAUGGCGCCCGGAAAACGCGCUAACAAUUCACCUCCUUAAUAAACACACCUUGGCGCAAAGCAACAUUUUUCGUGACCCUUCGGAUUGAACGACGGAAGAAAUUCGUAAAUUCCAAUAAUUAAAUUAAUCGACGUAUUUCUUGGAUCUACUGAAUCAAUCAUAUUGUGGUUGCGCUGAACCAUCAACUAUGCCUCGAAAAAGGAUGCAUGAAACGUCAAAUGACACCGAGAAAGCAAAAAGAACGUUUUGUUCGAAAUCUAGUAAGCUGUGCGAACUUUGAAGUCUGAUCACUUUUGCACAAUUGGGGUUUGAGCAAGAGGAAAGAGUUGUGGUUUUUUGCGCUAGAGAAAAAUAUUAUACAAAGGCAUCAAUAUGAAACUGGAAGAUUUUAUCUGCAACUGUUUCUGGAUGGUGAACGAAUCGAGUGCACGGCCCCACGCCAAAGCCGUUUGGCUGUGGGGUGACGAGCGGCGCUUUAUACGACUGGAGAAGGUUGUGUCAACAGGGCCGCCAAUAAAAAAUCUGUAUGGAUUUUUAGUCUACCGGCUGUAUCCAAUGGUCUACCAGUACGAUGUUGUGUGGGACUCCACAACCAGAAAUCCUAAGCUGCUGUUUAACAUCUACGACUGUGAGGGUACUCGACUGAAAAUGCAAUCCGUGUGUUCGCUGCUUGGCAUCAAGUACAAUUUAGAUGCGGAUGAUGAUGAUUCACUGGACGUGGAACUCCACCCGAUACUGAACAUGCCGUACUAUUGCUUGCCCUGCAAGCUGUUGGCACAACCGAACGGCCAGUGGCUGGACAUUAAAAAUCCCAUCCUACGAUAUUUGCUCAAAUACACAUCGUUCACUAACCUGACGCAGGAAGAGCUGCUUGAACUCAGCGAUGAAUCGCCGUACAUCGAGUAGAUUGACCGUAUAUUUAUCCUAGCUAAAUACCUCGACUUGCCUUAA